UUAUAAAUCAGUCCCGUCCUGGAUCUUGGAGGGACCGCAGGCUGCGGAGAAGGAAGAAGAAGAAGAAAGCAGAAGAAAGACCGAGAGCAAGAAGGAGAACAAGCAGCGGAGGGAUUUCAGCUUUUUAGAAGAUGAACGCGUGCGUGCUGGUCCUGGGUUUGUCCCUGGGUCUGUCCCUGGUUCUCACCGUGUGUAUGGCCCGGUCUCCGUACCAGGCGGUCCUGCAGCACAGCCGGAUCAGAGGCCGCCAGCAGGGACCAAAUGUCUGUGCCAUGCAGCAGCUUAAAGGCACGAACAAGAAGUAUUUCACUAACUGCAAGCAGUGGUACCACCGCAAGAUCUGUGGAAAACCAACGGUGAUCACCUAUGAGUGUUGCCCUGGUUAUGAGAAGAUUCCUGGAGAGAGGGGCUGUCCAGCUGCGCUGCCUCUGGUGAACAUCUACAACACUCUGGCCGUGGUGGGAGCCACCACCACGCAGAUGUACUCUGAACGAGCCAAACUGAAGGAUGAGAUCGAAGGUCCAGGAAGCUUUACGUUCUUUGCGCCAAGCAACGAGGCCUGGGCCGCCCUGCCGACGGAGAUCCUGGAUGCUCUGGUGAGCAAUGUGAACAUUGAGCUGCUCAACGCUCUUCAUUACCACAUGGUCAACCGUCGACUGACCUCUGAGGAGCUCAAACAUGGAUCCUCCUUUGCCUCCAUGUACCAGGACUUCCCCGUCCACAUCCAUCACUACAGCAACGGGAUUGUGACCGUGAACUGCGCUCGUCUGAUAAAACCCGACCAGCAUGCUACCAAUGGUAUUGUGCACGUAGUCGACCGUGUCAUCACUGCCAUCUCCAACAAUGUGAACACGCUCAUUGACGUUGACGACGACCUUGAGACGCUGCGUACGGCGAUGGCUGCUGCAGGUCUGACCACCAUGUUGGAGAAUGAGGGUCAGUACACGAUCUUUGCCCCCACCAAUGAGGCCUUUGAGAAGAUUCCUCAGGAGACCCUGAACAGGAUCCUGGGAGACCCUGUAGCUCUAAAAGACUUGCUGAACUACCACAUCCUGAGGCACAUGCAGUGUGCAGAGUCGAUUGUGUCGGGGACUCCGAUGGAGACUCUCCAGGGCACUGUGCUGGAAGUCGGCUGUGACGGAGAGCAGAUGACUCUUAAUGGGAAGGCCAUCAUCACCAGGAAAGACCAGCUGGGAACCAACGGAGUCAUCCACUACAUCAAUGAGCUGCUCAUCCCUGACUCAGCCAAAGUCCUGCUGGAGCUGGCCGAAGGAUCAUCUGUUGCCACAGCAGCCAAGCUGUUUGUUGAGGCCGGUCUGACCCCCCACCUGACAGGUUCCGAGGCUCUGACCAUGCUGGCUCCUCUGGACGACGCCUUCAAAGGCACUGUGACGAUGACGCCUGACAUGAGGAAGCUGAUGACCAAUCACAUUAUAAAGGGACAGCUGUCCUCCAAGUCUCUGUAUGACGGUCAGGAGCUGGAGACGCUGGGAGGACUCAAGCUCAGAGUCUUCGUCUACAGAAAUAGCGUAUGCAUUGAGAAUGCCUGCAUUGCUGCUCACGACAAGACCGGACGCUACGGCUCCAUGUUCACAGUGGACAAAGUCCUCACUCCGCCGAUGGGAACAGUCAUGGACGUCCUGAAGGCAGAUGAUCGCUUCAGUCUGCUGGUUGGUGCCAUCCAGACGGCAGGUAUGACGGAGCUGUUGAACCAGCAGAGGACACUGACCUUCUUCGCUCCCAGCAAUGAGGCCUUCAGCGCCUUGGCACAGCCUGAGCUCAACAAACUGAUGCGUAACCGUCAGGAGCUGUCAGGUGUGCUCAGAUAUCACCUGGGAGAGGGCCUGCUGGUCAGCGGAGGAGUCGGCUCUCACACCAGAGUCAAACCUCUGCAAGGGGAGAAGCUGGAGCUUGGCGUGCGUAACUACACCGUGUACGUCAACAAGGUUCCGGUGGCCGACGCAGACCUGAUGGCAACUAAUGGGGUCGUCCAUGCCGUCAACAGCAUCAUCAAACCUCUGCCUCCAAAGGUGGACAGAGAACAGGCUGAUGGACCUGCAGCUCCUCUCAGAUCAGCUGCCUCCUCCAGGAGAGAGAGCUUCAGGAAUGACGAUCUUUUUCAGAAAGUGAUCAGGAGUCGCUCCAGCAGGACAAUGAACCAAAGUCAGUAAAACUACAGAAGAGAUGAAGCAGGCAUCAGCAGAACACCUAAGGAACAAAAUGUCAGAACAUGUUCUCAGCAAGUGUGAAAAAAAAAAUCCCCCUGAAAUCCUUACAGUGUGUUGUGUUUCUUUACUGACUCUGAUGGUGCGUUCCAUUUGUACUCAGAAGUGGUUUGUGUUUUCCGAGUUCCGAAGCUUGAAGUGACAAAUGGAAUCCGCUGAUGUUGGAAUACCAACUUGUCAGCUUGGUUGACCUCAGAGGACACCGAGUUUGCAUACCAAGAUGGCUGCCCAGAGCAUAAACUGAAGUAAAAGCUGUGUUUUUUCAUGUUUUUUAGCACUUUUGUCCAAUUUAGUAAGUCGUAUACACAAUACUGUCUUACUGUUGCCUAUAGGCAUGUAGCUAUGGUCUUGUUAUAUGUGAAAUACCGCAUAAUGUGUUGUUUAUCAACUGGCGCUGCUAACUUGGCUGACUAGGCUAACGGCUGACUACUGUUACAAACCUUGUGUUGUGGCAAAUGGAAGGCGUUUAUUUUGUGUUUUUUUUUACAGCCAUGACAUCACUGCAAGUCCCGAGUACUAAUUUAGUGUACAAAUAGAAUGCACCAUAAAAGUUUGUCUGAAAACAGGAAACAUUUCACUGAUCAGUUCAGUAAGUGUUCAUCAGAUGAAGUGUGAGAGGAUCUGAGGAGGAUUUUUUUUUUUUACAGGUCAUCAUUUUCAGAGGAGAAAAAGAAGAUGAAAUACUGAGUUUUAAUUUUUUAUUUUUCUUUAUUUUUUGUUUGUUUUUUUUUUUACCAGACCCAGUGUUUUGUUUUCUGUGUACUCUAAAAAAUAGUUUUGACCAAAAGUUACAUUUUUAAGUCCAUAGUUUGAACUUUCACGUUUAAAACUGUAAAGAAUGUUUGUUUUUGUUGUAUGUUGUCCUGCAGCAUGUCAGCAGGCUUGAGCUCAAAACAAACAAAGCAAAGUUACCUGAUGGAUUUCUGGAAGUGUUUAAGUUUUUUCUGUGUUUUUUGUAAAUAAAGCUGAAAAAUGAGCUCUGAAA